AUGAACCCUCGACCUGAUGUCAGAGGUGAUGAGGAUCCUCCUCCUGAUAUGAACUUAAUUAACAAUACAAACAAUCCAGUCUCUCGUUCUCUUGCUCAAGCUACAUCUAUCAUCGCUCUGCAAUCUUUUUCACAAUCUAGUGACCGAGAGCUCAAGUUUUAUUUUAUGGAUGAGAAGACUAAAAAAGUUGAAGAAUCAAACCUAAAACUUGAUUUCUGCUACUUGGAUAAUGAUUAUCCGCUCAUGCUCUACGAUUCUUAUGAUGGAUUGCUUUUACUUAAGAACAAAGCUAACCCAUGGAGAUCAAUUUUUGUCAUCUGGAAUCCUACAACAGCUGAACAAGUAACCAUUACGAUGGAAGGUAAUUUAUACUUUCAAGUAUGUGGAUUUUAUUUCAAUCCUCGCAACAACGAAUACGAGGUGGGCCUUAUAUACUGGGAAGAUGGAAGUUUUUCGUUUGACAUACUAAGUUUUGGAUCUAAAUUACGAAGAAACAUUGGCAGAUACGCUUAUAUGCCCAGGACUGAAAGACCUCCCAUGAUCAUAAACGGGACAUUGUAUUGGAUGGUUGACAAGUUUCGCAGUGAUGCUGAUGUUGAUUGUUCAAAUUCAAUUAUGACAUUUGAAGUCGCAACAAAUAAGUUAAGUACGAUUCAACAUGGUGGAGCUCCCUGUGAGGCAGGUUAUAAUUUUAAUUUGAUUGGUUAUAAGCAUGAUUAUAUGCACUUAAUAGAGAUAGAAGGGCAGUUGGGUUUAUGUGUUCUUUUGUCGUAUACUGAACUUGUGCUAUGGGCUCUAAAUGCCGCAACAAAUAGCUGGGCAAAAGCACACGCUGUGACCCUUCCCGGAUACUCUAUGCCGAUAUAUUUUUCAUGUUGGCCAAAUAAGUUGGAUCUGGAGGUUGUGAGGAUCGAGAAUGGCAAAUUGAUGGUUAGACAAAAGAACAGGCUGGUGCUCUGGGAUUUGGGUUUGAAUACACACACGAUUGUUGAGAAGAAAGGAUUUGAGAAUGAUAUUUUUCGACCGGUGAUUCAUACUCCUAGUGCGGUCUCUUUGGAGACUGAUAGAUUGAUACAGUUAGACAAGUAA